AUGAGAAGCACUCCUUCCAUUUUCACCAUCAUAAGAAGCUGAUCUCCCCCUAGAAAAACACUAAAGAUUACCAACUUUUCUCACCACUUUUUCCUCUCUCUCUCUCUCUCUCUCUCUCUCUCUCGCUGGGUGCAUCUGCAUGAUGCUGGAAACGGUCGAUCCAGGGAAGAGGACAGUGCUUGUCGUGCUGCUCAUCAUGGUGAGCAGUGCCUGGGCAGAGGACAGGCUCAUAAACCCAUCGAAGCUGGAGAUGUUCGUGGACAAGCUUCCUGACAUGCCCAAGGUCCAAGGUUUCGACGUUGUGGGCGGUGUUCCUCGGCCCAAAUCUCUGAACAUUGGCAUGUACGAGAUCCGCUGGAAAUUCCACAGGGACCUCCCCCCGACCCCGGUGUUCGCCUUCGGCACGUCCCAGACCACCGCCACUGUUCCCGGUCCCACCAUCGAGGCCCUCCACGGCGUCGGCACUUACGUGACGUGGCAAAAUUACCUCCCUUCGAAGCACAUCCUCCCGUGGGACCCGACCAUCCCGACCGCGGUGCCCCGCACCAGGAGGGGCAUCCCCACCGUGGUUCACCUCCAUGGCGGGAUCCACGAGCCCAAAAGCGACGGACACUCGCACUCGUGGUUCACCGCCGGGUUCCGAGAGUGGGGGCCCACUUGGACCAAGAAAAAAUAUCACUACAACAAUAACCAACAUCCCGGGAACAUGUGGUAUCAUGAUCAUGCCAUGGGGUUGACCCGAGUCAACCUAUUGGCCGGCUUGAUUGGGGCCUAUGUCCUCCGCCACCCCGAAGUGGAGUCCCCACUCGAGCUCCCCGCCAGCAGCGAGUUCGAUCGCCCGUUGGUUGUGUUCGAUCGGAGCUUCUGCGUGGACGGCUCCAUAUACAUGAAUUCUACCGGAAACAACCCUUCCAUCCACCCUCAGUGGCAGCCGGAGUAUUUUGGCGACGCGAUCAUAGUGAACGGCAAGGCGUGGCCUUACAUGGUGGUACGGCGUCGAAAGUACCGAUUCCGCAUCAUCAACGCUAGCAAUGCGAGGUUCUUCAAGUUCUUUUUCACAAAUGGAUUGGAAAUCGUCCACGUGGCGGCUGACUCGGCCUACCUCGAGGAGCCAGUGCCGGCCAACGAGACCCUUGUGGCCCCAUCCGAGAUCGUCGACGUGGUGGUGGACUUCUCCAAGUCGAAGUCUGACCACGCCAUCCUAGCCAACGACGCGGCAUACCCGUACCCGUCGGGUGAUCCGGUCAAUGAGGCCAACAGUAAGGUCAUGAAGUUCAUCAUCAAGAAAGACCGGGAAACCGACGGGUCGAGGAUACCCGAGAAGCUUAUCAAGUACCCGGCAGCCGACCUAUCCGAGGCUUCGCGCACCCGGUACAUCACGAUGUACGAGUACACGAGCGAUGCGGACGAGCCGACGCACCUCUACCUGAAUGGCAAGCCGUUCGACGACCCGGCCACGGAGACCCCGAGGGAGGGGUCGACGGAGGUGUGGAACGUGAUCAACCUCACGGACGACAACCACCCGCUGCACAUCCACCUGGGGCUGUUCAAGGUGGUGGAUCAGACGGAGCUGGUGGACCUGGAGGAGUUCAAGGGCUGCAUGAUGAAAUGGUACGACGCGGAGAGGUGCCACGUGGGGGAGCACGCACGUGGCCAGAAGCUAGGGGUGCGCCCUCACGAGAAGGGGUGGAAGAACGUGUACAAGAUGACUCCCGGGUACGUGACGACGAUAGUGGUCCGAUUUUCCUACAUCCACUCCAAUUCGCCGUACCCGUUCGACGCCACGGCGGAGCCCGGCUACGUCUACCAUUGCCAUAUCUUGGAUCACGAGGACAACGUAAUGAUGAGGCCUCUGAAGUUCAUCAAAUGAAGAGAAAGGCCCACCGCGUGUUGCUCACAAGAGGCCCAGAACAAGGUCAAUUCUAGGUGACGUGUAUGGAUGGAGAACAUAUGCACGGAUCAUCUCCAAGUGAAUAGGUAAAAAUAAAAAAAAA